ACCCUAGCCCAGCCCAACAAGCAAUGCCCGUGCUCCUCCAUUUUUGCCGAACAGCGAUAGGAGAAGGAAACCUGAUCUUCGGUGACGACUUGUGCUUGCGGCAAGAGCUCGUUCGUCUCCGGCUAGGCCAGCUCACACAACGAUUAAUGCUAAAGAUGGCGCCGGUGAAGUUAACGUCGUGAACCUAGUGAAGAAAUUGAGGAGGCAGCGUGAACGUCGUGGUCUUAGGUCUACCUCAACUCAAGCGAGGAUCCUUUCAGUUUCACUGCUCCAACAAGGCCUUUGCAAUUAUCGGAUGUCGUUCGAUAGGAGCAGAUCUUGAUAGCUCUUAGUCGACCUGUUUCAGAUUUGAGAAGCCAGAGGUCAUUUAGCAAUUGGUUGAAGGGACAAGGAUGCCUGAAGUGGUACCUAUAUUACCUCUCCCAGCUCCGCCCUCUGAUGGGAAUCUUGGUCCCCUACCUCUAUCUCAAGUAAUAGAGGACUUUAACGAUGUCGGAAAACCAGAUGUUGAUGAAGACAAAACUAACUCAACUCCUGCAUCAGUUGCAACUCACACUAACCCUAUUGGUAUCAUACACCCUCCUCCUGAUAUUAGAAAUAUUGUUGACAAAACUUCUCAAUUUGUUGCGAAAAAUGGUCCUGAGUUUGAAAAGAGGAUUGUUGCAAAUAAUGCUGGAAAUGCAAAGUUCAACUUUCUGAAUGGAUCAGAUCCAUAUCAUGGUUAUUACCAGCAUCGACUCUCUGAAUUCCGUGCUCAGAAUCAAUCUUCUACCCAACAACAGCCUUCUUCCCUUACUACUGAUUCAUUAGAACCUGAGUCGGCCCCUCCUGGUUCUGUUGCUGACGGAAAUGACACAGCUGUUAAACCCGAUCCUUCAGCCCAGUUCAGAACAAUUCGUAAAAUUCUAGAGCCCCCAGAGACUGAGCAGUACACGGUUAGGCUUCCUGAGGGAAUUACAGGGGAGGAACUCGAUAUAAUUAAGCUUACAGCUCAGUUUGUGGCUCGUAAUGGGAAAGCUUUCCUAACCGGACUAACUAGCAGGGAGAUGAAUAACCCACAGUUCCAUUUCUUGAAACCGACUCAUAGCAUGUUCAUGUUUUUCACAGCUCUAGCCGAUGCAUAUUCAAAAGUUUUAAUGCCCCCUAAAGGGCUUACGGAGAAGUUGAAAAACAGUGUUGUUGAUAUGGCUACGGUGCUUGAACGAUGCUUACACAGGCUGGAAUGGGAUCGAUCUCAAGAGCAGGCGAGGCAGAAAGCUGAAGAUGAAAUUGAGCAGGAGCGGAUGCAAAUGGCGAUGAUUGACUGGCAUGAUUUUGUCGUUGUUGAAACUAUUGAUUUUGCUGACGACGAAGAUGAGGAGCUACCUGUCCCAAUGACGAUUGAGGAAGUUAUUAGGAGGAGCAAGACAUCUGCUAUGGAAGAAGAAGAGGUUGUCGAGCCUGGUAAGGAAGUCGAAAUGGAUAUGGAUGAAGAAGAGGUGCAACUAGUUCAAGAAGGAAUGAGAGCUGCUAGCCUCGAAGAGAAUAAAGAAAAGAGGAGCGAGUUUAAGUUUCAAGACGAGCAAGAACAACCGAUGAGGAUCGUUAAGAACUGGAAGAGGCCCGAGGAGAGAAUCCACACGGAACGAGAUUCGACGAAGUUCGUCGUAUCGCCCAUAACCGGCGAGCUGAUUCCGAUAAGCGAGAUGUCCGAACACAUGAGAAUAUCCCUCAUCGAUCCGAAAUACAAGGAGCAAAAGGAGCGAAUGUUUGCGAAGAUUCGUGAGACGACUCUCGCUCAAGAUGAUGAGAUUUCGAGAAAUAUCGUCGGACUGGCAAGAACUCGUCCCGAUAUUUUCGGAACCACCGAGGAAGAGGUUUCGAAUGCGGUCAAGGCGGAGAUUGAAAAGAACGACGAACCCCCAAAGCAGGUUAUUUGGGACGGUCAUUCGGGCAGCAUCGGUCGGACUGCUACCCAAGCCAUGUCACAAACUGGUUUGGAAGCUUUUGAUGGUUUAGAUUCAGAAGGAAGGCCUCUUCCUGGUCCUGCCGCUCCUCCACCACCUAAACCAGGUGUUCCGUCGAUCAGACCACUUCCUCCUCCGGUUGGACUAGCUCUAAACCUUCCCCGGCCUCCUCCAAAUGCACUUCAAUAUCCUCCACAUCAAAUGAGACCCCAAAUGUUUCCGUCAGUUAGGGUUCCUCCUCCAAUGGCGUUACUUCCUGGCCAGCAACAGAUGAUGAUGAAUCGACCACCACCUCAGAUGCCUCCGUCGAGUAUUCCGGUGCCACCUCCACCUGGUUCACAGUUUACACCACUUGCUGCUGCUCGUCACUUCAUGGUUCCUCAACCCGGCAUGCCUAUGAUGCCUCCACCUCCUUUACCUGGAAUGCCGCCUCCUCCCCCACCUCCCGAGGAUGCUCCUCCUCCGAUCCCUGAAGAGCCAGAGCCAAAGAGACAGAAGUUAGAUGAUUAUGCUCUUGUUCCGGAGGAUGUGUUUCUUAGUCAACAUCCGGGGCCGGUUCGCAUUACUGUUUCGAUGCCAAAUAUUGAAGAAGGAACACUUAAGGGACAAGUAUUGGAAAUGACAGUUCAAUCCUUGUCUGAAACAGUUGGUAGCCUGAAAGAGAAGAUUGCUGGAGAAAUACAGCUUCCUUCUAACAAACAGAAACUGAGUGGAAAGGCUGGUUUCCUCAAGGAUAAUUUAACACUUGCUUAUUACAAUGUUACUCAAGGAGAAACACUGGCUCUUUCACUGAGAGAACGUGGUGGAAGGAAGAGAUGAAGAACGCUAGCACCAUACUUUUUCUUUCUUGUUCGAGGAUACUCCAGUAGCGAUUGUUGAUUAUUCAGGCAGAGUUCUUAAUCAGGUUCCUUUUUCUUCAAUAGGCCUAUUAUAUUUGGAGAUGAAUAUUAUUGUAUGACUUAAGGUGAUGGUUUGCCUUUUUAAAGCUACCGAGUACUUAAAAGACAUUGAUUCUAGCUCCUUAGUCAUGUCCUCCUUCACCCUUGUGUUUUGCUCAAUGUUUUGCUAUAGUAAUAUGUUGGUUCUGUCAUUUUCUUCAUUAGGAUAAUAUAAAGUCUUUAAUUUAUGGUUCA